AUGGGCCUGGUCGCCUGUCCCAAGGACUGGGAGACUCUGGCACGUGACACAGUGAACAAGUGCAAUGACUUGGUACAGCAGGUGGUGACCGUCCCACACUCAGAGCAGACCAUCAGCCUCCUGGACGAUGUCUCCGACACGCUCUGCCAGGUGCUGGACACCGCGGAGUUCUGCAGGAACGUGCACACAGACCCAGCCUGGCGGCAGGCCGCCACCGCGGCCUGUCUUUCCCUCGGCUCCUACGUCCAGGGCCUCAACACUCACCGCGGCAUGUAUGCCGCGCUUUCAUCGGCCCUGCGCGCGCCGGGUGCGCGCGCAGGGCCGCCGGAGACGCGGGCCGUGGGCCUCUCCCUGGCUCGCGACUUUGAGCGGUACGGGGUGCACCUGGACGCCGGCGGCCAGGCCCGCAUGGCGCGGCUCACGGCGGAGGCCCAGAGCCUGGGCUACGAGCUGGGGCAGAACCUGGUCGACCCCGGCGCCCUCCAGGGCUUCGACCUGCCCUCCAGCCUAGCAGAUGUCCCCGGCACCCUGCCCAGCGGUACGGGGGUGCUGGCGCGCAGGGGCUCGCAGGUCACGGCCUGGCUGGCGCAGAUGCGGCAGCCCCGCGCCAGCCUGGCACUGGUGUGCCGGCUGGCGGAGGACCGGCAGCGGGAGGACGCCGCCUCGGCCUGGGCGCUGUCAUGCUCGCCGCGUCAGGCGCUGCGCGGCCUGGACCGGCUGAUGACCCGCCUGAUGGGCGUGCGGGUGCGGGACGCCGCGCUGUCACCGGGGGAGGGCUGGGCGCCGGGCCUGGCCAAGCUGCGGGUCUCCGAGGCGGACGGCGCGCUGCUGGGCACCGUCUACCUCGACUUCCAGCCCCGGCCGGGGAAGUUCCCGGGCGCCGCGCACUUUGUCCUGCGCUGCGGCCGGGGCCACGGGACCGAUGCCGUCCAGACGCCCGUGCUGGCGCUGGUGGCCAGCCUGCCGGCCGACCAGGCGAUGCACCCCUCCCAGCUGGAGCUGCUGCUGCAUGAGUGGGGCCAUGCCCUGCACACGCUCCUGAGCCGCACGCGCCACCAGCACCUGUCGGGCACGCGGGGCCCGCUGGACAUGAUGGAGGUGCCCAGCCACGUGUUCGAGCUCUAUGCGCGCGACGUGCAGGGCCUGGCCCUGCUCCUGGACCGCCCCGCCGCCGAGCUGGAGGCGGCGGUGCGCGCGCAGCGGGCGCAGCGGCGCACCUUCUCCGCGCUCACCACGCUGCACCAGGUGCACCUUGGCCUCCUCGACCAGGCCAUGCACAGCAGCCGGCCGCCGGACGAGGCACGGCUGGCGGGGGCCACGGCGGAGGUGCUGGGCCGGCACUCGCCGCUGGCCGACCUGGGGCCCCACCUCCCGGUGUACCCGCAGCUGCGGUUCGGGCACCUGGUCGGCUACGGCGCGACGUACUACAGCUACCUCGCCGCGCAGAGCCUGAGCGCGCGCCUCUGGCGGCGGCACAUGGAGGGCGAGCCGGCGGGGCGGGCCGCCGGCGAGGCGCUGCGUAGAAACCUGUUCGAGCCCGGGGGGGCGCUGCCGGCAGGGGAGGCACUGCGCCGCCUGCUGGGCCGGGGCGCCGGUGAGGCUGGCGAGGCCGCUCCGGCCACCAUACCAGACCCGGGGGACCUCAUGCUGGAGCUGGGCAUCGAGGAAUGA